CCUCCGUAAAUACAAUCGGAAUCCGAGGUCAUAUCCCUCUCGGUUCAAUUAUAAUAAAAUUCACGGAAGAUACCAAAUUCCCAACUUUGCCAUCUAGAGAAUUCCCAAUUUCCUCCGUUGGGAGCGAAGACUCGGCGCAGAACAGGAAAAACACCUCGGAAGAAUUGUUUCAGAUCAUCAUUGAGCAUUUCGUCAAACGGCUGAAGAAAUUUUUAGGGGAGAGAGAGAGAGAGAGAGAGAGGAAAUAAUUGUGGAGAGAGAGUCUUUGUCACGUUGAUGGCGGAAGGAGAGAGCGUGAAGCUGUUCGUAGGCCAAGUGCCGAAGCACAUGACGGAGUCGCAGCUUCUCGCAAUGUUCAGAGAAUUCGCGCUUGUAGACGAAGUCAACAUAAUCAAAGACAAGGCGACGCGUGCUUCGCGAGGGUGUUGUUUUGUGAUAUGUCCGUCGAGAGAGGAAGCGGACAAGGCAGUCAAUGCGUGUCAUAACAAGAAAACGCUGCCUGGGGCAUCUAGUCCGCUGCAAGUGAAGUAUGCUGAUGGAGAGUUGGAAAGGCUAGAGCACAAACUCUUUGUUGGCAUGCUUCCGAAAAAUGUUUCUGAUGCUGAGGUGUCUACUCUAUUUUCGGAAUAUGGAACCAUAAAAGAUUUGCAGAUUCUUAGAGGUUCUCAGCAAACUAGCAAAGGUUGUGCUUUUCUGAAGUUUGAGACAAAAGAACAAGCACUUGCAGCAAUCGAAGCCCUCAAUGGGAAGCAUAAGAUGGAGGGUUCGACUAUUCCUUUAGUGGUCAAGUGGGCUGAUACCGAAAAGGAAAGACAGGCCCGAAGGGCUCAAAAAGCUCUCUCACAGGCGUCCCAUGUACAGAAUGCUGACUCCAGGCAGCAUCCAUCUGUAUUUGGUGCUUUACCAAUGGGUUAUAUGCCUCCAUAUAAUGGAUAUGGUUAUCAGACUCCAGGGACUUAUGGACUCAUGCAUUAUCGCCUACCAGCAUUGCAGAGUCAACAUGCCUUCCCCAAUUUGAUUCCAUCUAUAAACCAAGGAGGCGCUAUACGUGGAGUAAGGCCUGAUCUUUCAUCAGGAGUGGGCCCACGAAAUUAUGCAGUGCAACCUGCAAGUUAUGUUGGAUCUGCUUAUCCACCUGUACCUGGGGUUCAAUAUCCCAUGGCAUAUCCUGGAGGAAUCAUGAAUAGUCGCCAAGUUGGGGCCGCUUCUGGUUCUCUAUCACCUUCUCCUUCAAAUAGCCAAUCCGCAGCAUCUUCAAGUGUCACUACAAGUUCUGGGGGUCAGAUUGAAGGUCCACCUGGAGCUAAUUUGUUUAUUUACCACAUUCCCCAAGAAUUUGGCGAUGAUGAGCUUGCAAAUGCCUUUCAGCGUUUUGGUAGGGUGUUGAGCGCGAAGGUUUUCAUCGACAAAGCAACUGGUGUCAGCAAAUGUUUCGGAUUUGUCAGUUAUGAUUUGCCGGCAGCAGCACAGAAUGCAAUUAACACGAUGAAUGGUUUUCAAUUAGGUGGUAAAAAAUUGAAGGUUCAACUUAAAAGAGACAAUAAGCAAAACAGACCUUAUUAACUUAAGGUAAGCAAUGGACGAGAGUUACAUUCUCAAGCAUGAAUGUUCAUACGAGACCUCAAAUGUGGAAAAUGCUGCAGUUUGAGCGAGUGUGGUGGGUCUGAGAUAAUCAAAGAUUGAUCGCAAUUUCCAUCCUUGAGGGAAUGAAGUCCCAGAACUUGUAAUUCUUCAUUUAUUUCACGCCACUGUAACUGUAGAUUGUAUAACAUGGUUACCAAUUAGACAUUGAUUAUUUAUUAAUUGAUUUUUAUUUAGAUGUA